CUGCGCAUUGCUGUGCUGGGUCAGUGGAGGAAUCGCGGUGGGCCCAGGUAUUUGAGGUCCGUGCAGAAAGCACAAUGUUGCAGUUCCUGAUAGGAUUUACUUUUGGGAAUCUAGUGGGAAUGUAUCUGGCUCAAAACUAUCAGAUUCCAAAUAUCUAUAAGAAGUUUGAAGAAUUCAAGAAGGAUGCAGAAACCCGAAGAAAACCACCAAAUGAUGGAUCCUGAGGUUUACAAUGGAUAAUAUUGGGAUAUCCGCAUUCAGUCACAAGCACUAUAUGGACUGGAUGCAAUAAGUAACAAACUGUUUUGGGCCCAUUUCAGUACAAAUUAUUUAGCACCAAUUAAGCAAUCAGUAAAUUUGUUCUGAGUCACCAGUAUUUAUAUUACUGAUGAGCUAUUGUUUUCAUCCAGUUGGGAUUUAAUACUACUUUUAUUUGUGUAGCCAAUUUAAUAUUUGAUGGGAUGUCAAUUUUAGUUAGUGGAACUAAAUUGUGACUGAAGGUCUGUGCUGAAAAGCCAGUAAUGACCUCAUGAACUCUAUGUUGACUCUGCUGUGCUGCUCUUUGUAUAUUGAGAACAGUGUCUUUUAAUUAAAAAUUACAAUCUAA